GUUUGCAUUUAAAACGGCCGCACGCGCCGAUGUCGGUACACUCAACAGCUGACCCCAGCGCAGUAGUCACCUACCUACAAACCCCACGCAAAAGCAUAAUGCAGAAAAUCGUACUCGUCGCUCUCGCCAUGGUGGCCGUCGCCCUCGCCGCGCCCCAGCAGCAACAACCACCCCAGCACGAAGUCUACAUCCUCAAGCAGGAUUCAGACGUCAACCCCGAGGGCUACAACUUCGAUUUCGAGACAAGUGACGGCACAGCGCGCCAGGAGACAGGCACGCUGAAAGACUUCGGCGACAACCACAAGGCGAUCGAGGUGAACGGUAGCUACAAAUACGUCGGCACCGACGGGCUCGUCUACACCGUCACCUUCACCGCUGACGAGCACGGUUUCCAACCCCAGGAGCACGUUGAGCACCCCGGUGCACAACAGUAAUGCGGUCAUCUCGUACCAACAAUUUGGACGAAAUAUUUCGUCCCACAUUAACAUGGACGAUAUAUUACGUCCAACACUAAUUUGGGCGAGAUAUUUCAUCCAAUAUUAAUUUGCAUGGGAUAUUUCGACCAAAAUCAACUCGGGGAAGAUAUUUGUGCCAAACCCUUGGAACAAACUUCAUCUUGGAUUUUUACCAUCUCUGCAUUGAUGCUUAAAAGUGUAGGUUUUACUACACAAAGUCACCGUUUGUAUGUUUCUAUUUUUUUAUAUUAUGUAUUUGUUGCAAAUAUAUUUUUUUAUUGAUUGA